UGACAUCAGACUCUCCGCAGAGACAGCUGAGCUCAGUCUUCCGCUGUUUCUCCAAACUGCUCCUGGAUACAUGUUGACGCACAUAUAGCUAGAUUACAUUUUAAAUUAAACAACAAAGACAGGCGACAUGUUGCACAGGGGAAAAACACCGCUGUUGUGGCUUUUCAUGCAGGCUGUGCUCGUCGUGGUGCAAUGUUUCACCGACAUGGACACCGGGCCUGGCGCAGGAGUAUCCACGCAGACCAACGGAGAUCGCUUUAAAAUCGAGGGGAGAGCGAUUGUCCCGGGGAUUAAAACACAAGACUGGGUCUCCUCUGCUCGGGUUUUAGUGGAAGGUGAAGAAUACGUGGGAUUUAUGAGAACUGAUGGGAGUUUUGCUGUUAACGACGUCCCUUCAGGAUCUUACGUUGUGGAAAUCGUGACCCCGAAUUACAGAUUCGAGCCAGUACGUGUUGAUAUCACAUCCAAGGGUAAAAUGAGGGCACGUCUUGUGAACCACAUCAAGACUUCAGAAGUAAUCCGCCAGCCAUAUCCUCUCCAAGUCAGAGCUAGUGGCCCUCACAGCUACUUCAUGAAGAGGGAAACCUGGGGCUGGACAGACUUCCUUAUGAAUCCAAUGGUUAUGAUGAUGGUUCUGCCCCUGCUGAUUAUUGUCCUGCUGCCCAAGGUGGUCAACACCAAUGAUCCAGAGAUGAGAAAGGAAAUGGAGCAGUCCAUGAACAUGCUGAACCCCAACCCAGAGCUUCCCGACGUCUCCGAGCUCAUGACCAAACUAUUCUCUGGCUCCAAGGGCUCCAGCAAGGCAAGCAGCAGCAGCAGCAAGGGCACCAGGCCGGCUGUCAAGCGGAGGUAGUACUGCAGACGCCUCCUAAUCUGCAUAAAGAAGCACGAGUAAAUGCCAUGGAAGCAAGAUUUUUAAGUGUCAUUUUUUUCGGGUCUAUUGUACAGUUUUUCCUUUAUAAACAGAUGUUGAGUGCAUCUUGAUUCCUUAUAUACUAUUGGAGAAAAAAAAGCAAAAGUACAAGUUUUUUUUUUUUUUUUUCAUACUGCACUGAUAGAAAUUUCUUAAAAACUCUGCAAUAUCUGUUCAUUUGCUCUUUACUUAUACUACUCAUCAUCUUUAUUUUCUGUGCUAACCCUCCAGUGUGCAUUUCCACUGCUGCUAAUUCCACUACCUGAAAGAAAACAUAUAUACAUAUUCAGGGUUUUUUUUUUUUGGUUUGUUUUUUUGCAAUUUCAGUAACACGACUGUGAAUGAAGAUAAAUUGAAUUUUAAGACUGAUAAAUUCUUAUUUAAAAAAGCCUAGAUAAAUAAAUUGCAAUGGUAUAUAACAACUGUGUUUUAUUUCAGAUCAUAUUUGUUUGAAAGCAAGCACAUGGCCUUCUCAUUUUAUUUCAAUUAGUAUCUACUGUUUGGCCAGAAUUCACAUUCUACUUUUGUGCCUAAGGUGUAUAAAUUGAUAUGGUAAUGUCUGGCAGUUCAAAGAAUGAAAGAGCUGUGUGGUUGCUUUCAGGCGCUCUACAAAGUGUAACUGGCUUUACUUUUAAUAAAGCGGACAGCCAAGUCCACAUUAAAGUCAA